ACACCGACAACAUCGCUCAAAAAAAUGGCGUCGAUGUCACCGCCGCUGCGCGUGUGUCGCGGGAUCCUGAAGGAGCUGCGCGCCUCCAUGGGGCAGAGCUACAGACAGUCCCUGGCCUACAACUAUGUCCUGGACCAGUUCCGGAAGAACAAGGCGAGUUUAUCUGUGACCGGGGAUCGGUACUGCCGUGCCCAGCAGGAGGCGCACCACGACUCGCACACGUACCUGUGUCUGCUGACGGCCACCAGGCACCACCUGGCCCUGCACCAGCUCUACCACGGCAAGGGGGAGCGCAGCAUCGAGCAGGCGGCCGACAUGGUGGGGCUCAGGUUGCCCACUCAGCCUGGAGGCAAAGGCUGGGAGAAGUGAGGACCAGGGAGGAGGCGACAUCAUCAAACUCUUCAGAGAAGACUUUUCUGUGGUCGAUUCAUCCGACCUCGUACCGUUCAGCUCCUUGUGUAACGUCACGUCCCAAAGGAUGAAUAUCUGACUGUAACGCCACGCCAGGAGAAGCCACGCCCCCAUGGACUGUUUUGAGGGAGCACCUUUUGUGUUGUUCUGUAAAUAUGCUGUGCUCUUCCCCUUCACCUCACCGGCUUCUAUUUGUGUUUCCUAAUUGUUGAAGCAUAUUUUGAAAGCCAUAGGCAAACAUGAAAGAAACUGUAAGUACUCUGUUCAUUCAUUUGUCCCAUUAAAGUAUUAAUCCCU